CCGAGAUCGCCUGGCUCGGGGGAUGGUUUCUUCCAGGGAGGGAAUGACUUCGCUAAAAUGCUGAUACUAUUAGUGCAAUUAGACUAACUUUCCUUUACAAAAUCUAGAGAGAGAGACGACGACGUCGCCUCUCUCCGCAAUUCCUGGCUCCGGCUCUGCUUCCCGAAGCUGGUUCCUAAGUGAAACCCGGAACGUGGGAAUUCAUGAACUGGAUUUCCCAGGCGCUUUCCCAAACGGACGGUCGGUUUUAGCACUGUAGCUUUCCGAUCCUUCUCCAGGUUUUGCCGUAAUCCCGAGGGCGAUUAAAAAAAAGAAGUACAAACUGAAAGUAAAAACAAAAAAACCAACCCACAAAAAACAGCCUAGCAGCAACAAGACGGAAGAGCUGUUAUCAGGGGUGAGUUUUUAAAAAUAUAAUAUAAAUAUAGAUAUAUAAACACAGAGGGAGAGAGAGAGAGAGAGACAGAUCUCCUGCAGUCUAGGAUGUUACACAAUGCUAUAAAGAUGAAGGAGCCGCUUGGGGCUGUUGUAUGUUAAAGGACUGGGGAAAAGAGAGAAAAGAAAGACUUUCUUGGUUCCCUGAAGCUUUCCUCCGCCCUCCCAGCUGCCCUGAUAAAAGGGCCGUUUGAGUCUUUCAGUCCAUCGGGAAACAAGGAUAGGAAUUCAGAUUUCUAAUCGUGUUUUGCUGCCUGGUCCCUUGUGCCUGUAACAGAAGGCUGAUGGGGAAACGUUUGCUUGCUUAAUUUUCACAUUUUAUUUUAUCCUUGUGCCAGGAAGAGGAGUAGGGCCAGUAAAGGAAAGUUGGCAACUUUGACUCUGGAAGCUUCUUCUAGUCAAAGGGAUCCUUAUACAGUGGUAUCUCAGGUUACAGAUGCUUCAGGUUACAGACGCUUCAGGUUACAGAUGCUGCUAACCCAGAAAUAGUACCUCGGGUUAAGAACUUUGCUUCAGGAUGAGAACAGAAAUCGCAUGGCGGCAGCAGGAGGCCCCAUUAGCUAAAGUGGUACCUCAGGUUAAGAACAGUUUCAGGUUAAGAAUGGACCUCCAGAACAAAUUAAGUUCUUAACCCGAGGUACCACUGUACUACCCUGUUUAAAGUGAGAGGUCUUGUCUUGUGUGAGCCUUAGCUAGUUAACAGUAGUGCUGCGCCGGAGUAUCCCAUGAAAAGGAAACAAAUUGCUUCAGGUUUUUUGUCCCAGACAGUUAAUCCAGGGGCAAGAGGAUGCCAGUACUCUGCUUAUUGGUUAAUAAGCAGAGUCAAUGAAACUAUUUAAGGCAAGAAGCCAUCCUUCAGAAAAUGGAAGACUUGGGCAAAUGAAAAAAAUAAACAAAUACAGACUUUUGUUAACAUAAAUGCAAUCAAACAAUGAUGGGGACAACAAAAAGCUUGAGGAGCAUGUUCCUAAAAACAUAAGUGCCAACCAUAGAAAAUAUUUAAGUACAGCAGUAGCAGGAAAUGAGAUAGGGAGCUUUCCGCAAUGACCGGAGUCAGAUACGUGCUAAAAGAGGCAAACAAGAUGACAGAGAAAUUAAAUGAGUUGUUCACACUGGAAGUCUGAGGGCAGAUAGAUUCCUGUGCCUGAACUAACUUUUUUGGAAAGGGAACCUGAAGAAAUGAGUGGUGACAAGGUUUUAGGCCUUACUGACAAAUUAAAAACUGACAUAUCAUUGGGUUCAGAUGGCACUCUGUAGAGAUGUAGAGUCCUAAAGGACUCAAAUGUGAAGUUGCUGGUCUUCUAACAAAAGUAUGUAUAUCUUGACACUUAGAUAUCUGAGCCUCCAUACCUGCAGACUAGAAAGCGGUCAGUGGAACACCAGUUUUUAAAAGGGGGUUGCCUGCACAAAGCCCAUAAGGACUAUAAACUAAUAGAAACUCUGUUAUAUAUAAAGAAAGCUGAAGUUCUUGGACUGCAGAAUUCCGUUCCUAAAAUGAAAGGCUGUUCUCUUUUGUACUUGUAUGGUGACAGACAUAAAACACACAAAGACUUGAUUACGAUGAAAUAACAUCUGUGUCCAAUAUCUUUUCUGAUAUAAAGUGAAGUGCAGUACAGUCAUAGCUCGGGUUGAAGUAGCUUCGGGAUAAGUAUUUUCAGGUUGCGCGCUGCUGCGACCCGGAAGUAACAGAGCGCGUUACUUCUGUGUUUCACCGCUCGCACAUGCGCAGACGGUCAAAAUGAUGGCAUGCGCAGAAGCAGUGAAUCAUGACCCAGGCAUGCGCAGACAUGCGGACACGGGUUGCGUUCGCUUCUGGCUCCAGAACGGAUCCCGUUCGCAUCUAGAGGUACCACUGUACAGUGGUACCUCGGGUUAAGUACUUAAUUCGUUCCAGAGGUCCGUUCUUAACCUGAAACUGUUUUUAACCUGAAGCACCACUUUAGCUAAUAGAGCCUCCCCCUGCGGCUGCGCCGCAGCGGCGCGAUUUCUGUUCUCAUCCUGAAGCAAAGUUCUUAACCCGAGGUACUAUUUCUGGGUUAGCAGAGUCUGUAACCUGAAGCAUAUGUAGCCUGAAGUGUAUGUAACCCAAGGUACCACUGUAUAUCAAACUGGCUGUACCAGUGCCUCUAAAACACACCUCUGCCCUGUUUUCCUUUAGCAGAUGCAUUCGCUUCCAAGAAGCCAUUGGUUCAAGAAGCUGCAUGGUAGAAGAUCAGAAAUGCGGCAAAUUUUUCAUCACUGCCCUUGAUGACAUCGGUUCCCCCGUCACUGGUGGCAAUGGAAAAGGACCAGGAGGUGAAGGGAAACAGCAGUUAAGACCAUCUGUGGAGUAUGUUGCAGCAAUUCUGAAGAGGCAACACCUGCUUCCUAUGCCCAAAAAUAAGGCAUGAAUGCAAUGAGGAAGAAGAGAUUUUGGGCAUCCUGCUUCUGCUUAAUGGCCAUCUUUUUUCUGCUUGUUACCCUCCAGGUACUACAGAUAUUCAGGGUCAGGAGAUGAGCACUGAUUUAGGCUGGAACAUGCCAUACUCUUAAUCUUAGGGUCAUAGGCUCAAGUUCCACAUUGGGCAAAGAAUUCCUGCAUUGCAGGGGGUUGGACUAGAUGACCCCUGCGGUCCCUUCCAACUCUAUGAUUCUAUGGCGGGACUGUUGGCAUGAAGAGAAGGGAGGGCAGGCUUGCCCACCCAGACCUUUCCCUAGGUUCCCAGGGCCUAAGGGAGAUCCUCUUUUGCCUAUCUUUCUACCCCGGGGAUGCGGCCUCUCCAUGACCACCCAGAUUGUAUUUAUAUUUAUUUAUAAGGCACCGACUCAUGUAAGAAAAAUAUUGUGGCUGUGUGCACCCAAAACACAACGGACUAAAAUAUAAUAAUACAUCAAAGCAAAUGACCAACAAUAGAUUUCUCUAAAUAAAAACUCCUGACAAGACCAAAACAAAAACACCUCGUUUUCAGCAGAUGACAGAGCAUCAAAAUUGUAGGUGCUUGACUGAUUUCAUUGGGAUUGAACUAAGUUGUUGCGCAUGCAUGGAACAAGGCCUGUUCCUGCGUCAGGAUUUUCCCACUGUCUCCUUUACCCAUGCCCCCCUAAAUCUGCUCUGGAGGGUUGGGGGAACACCCAGACAAAGGGGGCGAAGGAGGGAAUUCUUAUUGCGUGAGCAGACCUUGCAUGCAUGCCACAGUUAGCACUACACUGAAUUACAUCCAAUAGGAACAGUGUUCCAAAAUACUGGGGCCGCUAUUGGUGCCAUGGAUGUUGGGCUCCCAGCUCUCAUCUGGCCCAGCCAGCAUGGCCAAUGGUCAGGGCUGAUGGGAGUUGUGUACUCCUGCAACAUCCCUUCCCUGAGUCAACUCUCCCAACCUCUGCCCUCUGCUGACGAGCUUCCCCCAUUGAUGGAUUUUUCAUUAGUAAAGGAAUUUGAUGCAUGCAUGAUAUUAACAUGUGAAGCUUUUAGCAGUACAGUGGUACCUCAGAUUAAGAACUUAAUUCAUUCCGGAUGUCCGUACUUAACCUGAAACUGUUCUUAACCUGAAGCACCACUUUAGCUAAUGGGGCCUCCCGCUGCUGCCGCGCCACCGGAGCCCAAUUUCUGUUCUCAUCCUGAAGCAAAGUUCUUAACCUGAAGCACUAUUUCUGGGUUAGUGGCGUCUGUAACCUGACGCGUAUGUGACCUGAGGUACCACUGUAUGGAGGUAAAUAUUAUGAGCUAAUGCAGGCUUCCUCAACCUUGGCCCUCUGGACAUUUUUGGCCUACAACUCCCAUAAUCCCUAGCUAGCAGGACCAGUGGUCAGGGAUGAUGGGAAUUGUAGUCUCAAAAACAUCUGGAGGGCUGAGGAAGCCUGAGCUUCUCAGGGAUAUACUGUUAAGAGACUGAAAAGUUGGCAGCCUAAUGAUGAAAACAAUAAUCCAACCAACCCAACACCAUAAGUCACAUGAGAAUAGUAAGGUCACAAUCAUUGAAUCAUUUCCCCAACUACUAUCUACUAGAACUAAAUUCUACAGAGACCAGGGCCUAGUGUUUUCUCCAUUUUAAAGCAGGCCUCAGUGGGUGCUCUGUUAUACAGAAUGAUAGUUCAUGCCAUGUAUAAUGAGACUUCAAUAAGGAUAGAUUUCUCUUUCCCCUUGAAAGGUGGUUGUAGAGCUUGGAAAGUCUGAAAGGAAGAUGACGAAAACCUCCAUUUCACAAAACAGUGCACUGAAAGAUGAAGAAUGGCAGAAAUACACCUAUCUGUUUGUAAAGAAGCCGGAACUCCCCAGCGAUACAAAGACCAUUUUGAACAACGACCGAUAUCCUAUCUUGCUGUGGUGGUCUCCACUGACAGGAGAGACAGGGCGGCUUGGUCGGUGCGGACAAGACACUUGCUUCUUUACUAUCAACAGGACCUAUCAGCACAACUCUAUGACUAAAGCAUUUCUGUUUUAUGGUAAGAGGCUGGUUCAUUUUACUCUUCAAGAUGAUGAGUGACUUUGCCUUUCCCCCUUGCUCACAUGGUUCAUUUAUCUUGUAGCUGCCAAGCAUAACAGAGAAAAGAAGUGGGGCCUGCAACAGAAUGUUGCAGCGUGGCGUGCUGCUUUUUGGGGUCUGCUGUUUGGGAUUCCAGCCACUCUAUUUCAGUCCUCCUUUCUUCUGGGUUUUCUGUUCCCCACCAUGGUCAGUGAGCAUGCUAUGGCCAUUGAUCUUACUGCCUUAAGUCCCCUCCCCCCAAAGGAUGUUUCUGUACUUCAGCAAACCCUGAGAUUUCCUCAAGUCUGCUGAAACCUCCUUUUUAUGUGGGGACAGUUCCAUUUUGGCUAUAUAAAGAUUGGCACUCACAGCUGAACCCUGGAAAUGGAGAUAAUUAAUGUGAAUAGUCAGUUUUCAGAGAGGUAGUCAUAUUAAAGGUAAAGGUACCCCUGCCCAUACGGGCCAGUCUUGACAGACUCUAGGGUUGUGCGCUCGUCUCACUCUAUAGGCCGGGAGCCAGCGCUGUCUGCAGACACUUCCGGGUCACGUGGCCAGCGUGACAAGCUGCAUCUGGCGAGUCAGCGCAGCACACGGAACGCUAUUUACCUUCCCGCUGGUAAGCGGUCCCUAUUUAUCUACUUGCACCCGGGGGUGCUUUCGAACUGCUAGGUUGGCAGGCGCUGGGACCGAACGACGGGAGCGCACCCCGCCGCGGGGAUUCGAACUGCCGACCAUGCGAUCGGCAAGUCCUAGGCGCUGAGGUUUUACCCACAGCGCCACCCACGUCCCAGUGGGUAGUCAUAUUAUUUUCAAGCAAAAAACCCAAAUUUAGCGUUACUAUAAAGACCAACAGAUUUACUUGGGCAUAAACUAUGUUUAUUUCCUCAGGUGCAUGAAUUGUUAUCCUCAGUUGUAGAGUGAGUGUGUGUGUGUGUGUGUGUGUGUGUGUGUGUGUGUGCAUAUGUACACACUUUUAGAGGAAAAAAUAUUGCAAACAAUGAGGACAAACGGCAACAAGAUGUAAAAAGUACAGUCUGUGAAAAAUCUACGUACCUUUCACAACAACACACAAUCAUCUUAGCAUUGCAAAUCUUAAUAAUACCUUAAGUGUGACAGGAAACCAUGAGCUCAGUUCAAGCCUAAAUGGACUGGCUACUUACUAAAUAAGGACUGGCUACUUACUUUAAUAAAAGCUCUUGGAAAAUACCUAUGGGGAGCAUAAGAAAACUUCAGUUAUGUCAGUGACCUGCAUGUUGCCCAUCUGUAACUUAGACCAUUAUUUAUUUUGUCACAAACAUUAAAGUAUGAAAUGUGCUCAUAAUUGCAAUCUUAUUCUGCAUUUUCUCAUCAUAAACCUUGUAAUGCCUCUCUGUCUUUUUCUGGUCUGAAGCAUAUUUUUUAUCAUCUCUUCCACCCUUUAAGACAUAUUGUCUAUCAGCUUGGCUAAGAUUAAUGCGUUGUAUCGAAUCAAUCAGUCAUCCUAGUGUUUCACCUUGGAAGUAUCCUUUUAUAGGCUUCUCUCUGCAUAUCCUUUAUCUUCACCAUUAGUAGACAGCUCUGACUUUAUUUUCUCAGCAAGAAUUGGACUCUGUUUGUUUACAAUAUCACCAAAAAGUUGUAAUAUCCACUUGAGGGUGCUCAUAGUUCCCCAGUUUAAUGCAGUUUCAAAAAUUGUAUUCAGUACUUCUCUAGUGGGUGCACUGCAAUUUUUUUGCUGCUAAUGUUGUCAAAGCCUCCGUUUCUGAAACCCAAGUCACAACAUGCGGCUACUCUCUUUAAAUACAUGCAGCUGCCCCCAAUGGAGACAACUCAAAUCCAGGAGCAGGAAAAGUAGAUAAAAGUUUUGAAACAAGUUUCACGAUUCCCAUGGAGCUGGUGAUUCUUGGGCUGAAUUAUUUUGGCUGUCAAGCACAAAACUGACUUUAUUAUCUCCCUCCUCAGAGCUGUAAUAAAAAUAUUAUUUUCACAAUACAUGUCCGCAGGAUAUUCCCUUUAUAAUUCAAAACCACAUCUAGAGAGAUUUAUUAUUCAGAUAGACCCGAACACUGGAAGUUUAAGGGAAUCAAGUUUUAUUGAGCUUUUCUCAGAAUGUAUAGCAUCCUUUUAUAUAUAACUUUAGAUACCUAUCACAGCACUUUUUAUCCUGCAAUGUUUUAUGAACUCCAAACAGAAAACUAGCAUAAACUUACAGUGCAGUCCUAUAAAUGUCUACUCAGAAACAAGUCCUGUUGAAUUCAAUGGGUCUUACAGUUGUAUAUAGGAUUGCAGUGUUAACUGUUUUAUAUUGUGAAGACCCAUUAGGAACUGCCUUGCUGCAGCCUUUGUUGCUUACCUGCUUAGAUAAUAAUAAUAAUAAUAAUAAUAAUAAUAAUAAUAAUAAUUUAUUAUUUGUACCCUGCCCAUCUGGCUGGGUUUCCCCAGCCACUCUGGGCAGCUUCCACAGAGACCAAAAAUACACUAAAAUGUCACAUAUUAAAAACUUCCCUGAACAGGGCUGCCUUAAGAUGUCUUCUGAAUGUCAGGUAGUUGUUUAUCGCUUUGACAUCUGAUGGGAGGGCGUUCCACAGGGUGGGCGCCACUACCGAGAAGGCCCUCUGCCUGGUUCCCUGUACCUUUGCUUCUUGCAAUGAGGGAACCACCAGAAGGCCCUCGGCGCUGGACCUCAGCAUCUGGGCAGAACGAUGGGGGUGGAGACGAUCCUUCAGGUAUACUGGGCCGAGGCCGUUUAGGGCUUUAAAGGUCAACACCAACACUUUGAACUGUGCUCGGAAACGUACUGGGAGCCAAUGUAGGUCUUUCAAGACUGGUGUUAUGUGGUCUCGGCGGCCGCCCCCAGUCACCAGUCUAGCUGCCGCAUUCUGGAUUAAUUGUAGUUUCCGGGUCACCUUCAAAGGUAGCCCCACGUAGAGCGCAUUGCAGUAGUCCAAGCGGGAGAUAACUAGAGCAUGCACCACUCUGGCGAGACAGUCCGCGGGCAGGUAGGGCCUCAGCCUGCGUACCAGGUGGAGUUGGUAGACAGCUGCCCUGGACACAGAAUUAACCUGCACCUCCAUGGACAGCUGUGAGUCCAAAAUGAUGCCCAGGCUGCGCACCUGGUCCUUCAGGGGCACAGUUACCCCAUUCAGGCCCAGGGAGUCCUCCACACCAGCCCGCCCCCUGUCCCCCAAAAACAGUACUUCUGUCUUGUCAGGAUUCAACCUCAGAAUCAGGAUCCCAUUUGUAGCUAAAAUGGCAUCACCCACACAGAACUGGGAGUUCUCAGAAGAUCUGGAGGAACUCCAAGGACUAGAAGUACCAAAAAAAAAAAAAAAAAGCUUUAGGAAGAACCCAAGUGUAUAUCUGUGAAUAGCUCACUGAGGACUGAUGUCAUGGACUGGUUGGACACAGAGGAAUGGUGGGAAGAACCAGCUGGGGAACCACCAAGGGAAGAAGGCUCAAUGCUCAGGGAGUGGUGGUGGGACAAUGAUGAAUGGUCAGAGGGAGAAGAAGGAGGACUGGUAAGAGAAGGUGUUGGAAUCUGAAGGGGUAGCAGGGUUUAGUGAGCUGGGAGAGUCUGUGGCAGAGAACAGUCCAGAACCAGAACCAGAGGCUGAAGCAUGAAAUUGGGGUAAGGGAGGCCAAGAAGCAGAGAUGAGUCAGGCUGGUGAAGAGUCAUGGGUGUCUCCCCCUUCUGCUGAGACCAGCUCCCUUCCCCCCUGGUCUCCCAGAACCAGAAGAGGCAUGAAAAGGGCGAAGGAGAAGUUAGAUUCACACAGGCACAGUCUCCUAUUGCUUGAGGGGGGGACCAUAGAGAGGAGGGUACUUAGGCAGCUGUGAUCUUCAUUCUCAAUGACUACUUCAUAGGAAGCAAGACCUGACAGAGAUGAGUUGCUGUGCUCAUUAGGUCUGACACUCCACCAAGUGGUCAUGUUUUUGCUAAUUAACUCCAGCUUGCACAGUGUGACUUGCCACUGGCUUGCUUCUGACAACUGAGCAUCUCAACAGGCAUGCUAUCCAACUGUUGGUGUGUGUGUGAUGAGUGGAAUGGCAAUCUUGGGGCAGGAGAAAGGGGAAUGGAAUGGAGUAUGCUGGAAAAUGGCUCUCUCAACAGAAGCACAUGCAACAUUCCAUUGUGGGUCCCACUUGUUUUGCAUGUUAGUAAGAUGUUGUGGGGGGGGGAUCCAUAGGCGAGAGAGGGGCGGUGAUGGUCGUGAAUACUAUGCUGCCUUGGUAAUAUGCUGUUCAUAUCAUUCAUGGAAGCGCAGCCAGGUUGAAUAAUGUUUUCCGAUAUUUCUUUCACUGGGAGCAAUACUGGUUUCCUUCUCUCCCAUUUGUAUUUUCAACAUCUAGGUACUGACUUCAGCAUAGAUAGUUUACCUCUCCCCCGAAAAGACCACCAUGACUGGGCCCUUUUCCACGAGGAGUCACCCAAAAACAAUUACAAGCUCUUCCAGAGACCUGCCAUCACUCUGUUCAACCACACGGCAACGUUCAGCCGCCACUCACACCUGCCACUCACCACACAGUACCUUGAAAGCAUUGAGGCCUUAAAAUCCCUGAGGUACAUGAUUCCUUUGCAAAACAAGAACAGCUUGAGGAAAAGACUCGCGCCCCUCGUAUAUGUACAGUCUGACUGCGAUCCUCCCUCUGACCGGGACAGCUAUGUACAGGAGCUUAUGGCUCACAUUGAAGUAGACUCCUAUGGUGCCUGCUUGCAUAACAGAGAUCUGCCGGAGCAGCUUGAAAACCCUGCCUCCAUGGAUAACGAUAACUUCUACAAGAUACUUGCUCAGUACAAAUUUGUCCUUGCCUUUGAGAAUGCUGUCUGUGAAGAUUAUAUCACUGAAAAGCUCUGGAGACCACUGAAGCUGGGUGUGGUACCAGUUUAUUAUGGCUCUCCUAGCGUCAAAGACUGGCUUCCUAGCAAUAAGAGUGCAAUCCUGGUCACAGGAUUCUCACACCCCAAGGACCUGGCACAGUACAUCAAAGCUUUGGAUGCAGAUGAUGAGAAAUAUGAGGCCUACCUUGAAUGGAAGCUGAAAGGGGACAUCUCCAACCAACACCUGCUUGCUGCUAUAAAGGAACGCACAUGGGGAGUGCAAGAUAUCAUGAAGGACAAUUACAUAGAUGCCUUUGAAUGCAUGGUGUGCACUAGAAUAUGGGGAAAUAUGAGGAGACAAGCAAAGGUAAUUAUAAAGCCAUCUGCCCUGUUAUAGCCAGGCUUGCACCAUCUCAUGAGUCAGACUUGCCAGGUACAAAUUGUAGAGUGGAGUCACUUUGUGGCAGGUGUGAUGUAUGAGUUCUGACAGAUAGAAGCAGGGCCAGAGACAAGCUCUCCAGGACCAAGGAGAGCUCCCAAGGAAAGGAAGGCAGAUGUUGUUCUCCCAGAGUCCCGAGUUUAUAUGAGUCUUUAUAAGAGGAAUAAGGACCUUGUGGCAUAUCAGCUGUGGUAGUACAGUGGUACCUCGGGUUACAUACGCUUCAGGUUACAGACGCUUCAGGUUACAGACUCUGCUAACCCAGAAAUAGUACCUCGGGUUAAGAACUAUGCUUCAGGAUGAGAACAGAAAUCGUGCUCUGGCGGCGCAGCACCAGCAGGAGGCCCCAUUUGCUAAAGUGGUGCUUCAGGUUAAGAACAGUUUCAGGUUAAGAACGGACCUCUGAAACGAAUUAAGUACUUAACCCGAGGUACCACUGUAUUCCAACUCCUAUCAGACUUAGCAGCAUGGACAUGGUCAUGGGUGGAAGGGAGUUGGAGUCCAACAACAUCUGCAGGGCCACAGGUUCUUUGCUUUCUAAUACCCUCCCUCCCAGUCUCAUAUUCUGUGAGUUCAACUCCAGCUGCCUACAAUAUUGCAGCGAAAUAAUUCACCAGGCAUUGCCUUGAGUGAAAUUGCUGCUGACUUAGUCUUCAGUUGGCAGCCAAGGCUGACCUACGGAGCAAUGAUUAGAUCUAAUGACAGCCCACAGUUUAUUAAACGGCAAUAUUUCACAGCCUCUUGAGUGAAACAUAAUGCUUGUUUACAGAAUCGCCGCAGCAUUAAAAAAGACUGCAAGAAGUGGCAGGCACAUUUUCAUCCAAGCCCUGUCAAGUUUGCAACCCCGGCUUUGGCCUGGGAGGGCGGGAUACAAUAAGAAAUAAAAAAUUAUUAUUAUUAUUAUUAUUAAAUGCAUCAAGCAUGUUUCAGCCGUUCGAAGCUACACGGAGCGAACAUGUAGACCUCAUUCCUAGCUCAGUGGGGAGGGGAGUCUUUUUCAGACGCAGAGCUGCAUUCGCAAUGUGGAGCCAUGCACACAAAUGGCGCUAUGUAAAUAAAUACAUGAUGGUGAUAAUACCUGUGUAAUAUGAAAUCCAGCACAACAGUUGUGCUAGUGGAAGAUGGCUGUGCGACAGGUUGUGACUGCAACAGUCUGUUGUGCAACCAGCCAUCAGAACCAUUCUGGCUUCCUGCACUUUCUCUUGUGCAAGUCAUUCCACUAACAUAACUGGCUACACUCCUAAGGGACCUUAAUUUAGUGCUUCAUUGAAUUCCUCCCAGAUAUUUUCACACACUAUCUAAGUGGAAGUGAGUGUAUAUUCAUCCCUGCUUACGUGGUGGUUGAUAAAAUUCAGAUUGUGUCCUCCCACCUCUCUUUUUCUCUUUUUCUCUCUCAACCAGGGAAUGUUACCAAAAAAGUGGAAUGCAGAAGCAAACCACCUGAGCUGCCCCAAACCUCAACCAUUUGUUUCUUCGUCUCGCAAUACGCACAGAACGGCUCUGCGGGAGAUGUGGAUACCGAGCUUUGAGCAGUCCAAGAGAGAAGCUCACGCGCUGAGGCAGCUGGUCGAAAGGAACAGAAAUUUCACAGCUCAGGAGUUUUGGACUAUGGUGUUUAGAGAAUGAGCUUAGAGGGAGACAAUAGGCCCUUGACUCAAGCUAGCGGGGGAAACAAACCAACACAGAGGAGCCUCUAUGAGGAGCUCUUGUUUGUCGGUUGCCUUAAUAAGAUAGAAAGCAGUUUUAACCACUGAGAUGAUGAGAAAUCAUCGUAUUCAGCGAAUACUAAUCCAGAAGACGAAGGACCCAGUUGGGUCAUCUUAUAUUUUUUAUACUAACGUUCAGUAUAAACUAUUAAUAUAAAUUAUUAGUGUAAUUAACAUUGGAGCAUUCACAGCAAAAUGCAGCCAUCUGCACUUUACUUUCCCAGUGUGUGUGUGUGUGUGGUUUAUUUUGCCUCUGCAGUUCCUCCCACCCUUGAGUUGGAUACGUGUCAAGUCUUCCAUCCAGAUGGUUUGGCUUCCUGGCAUCGCUCAAGCGAAGGGCCUUGUCUAAAGGGGUGGCCUUGCUGCUUAUGUCAUUUCUGCACCUGACAGGAAGCCAAGCCGUGCAGGAGAAAGGAGGACCUUGCAGAUGAAUUGCAGAGCAGCGGAGGAGGAGGAGCAACCUCAGGGGCAGUGUGCCAAAUGCUCUGGUGGGGGGGAUGGUUUACGAAAAGCAGGCCUUCGAAAUAGAGUCUCACCUAAGUGUGGUCCAUGUUAUUGGAGACUGGAUUCUGUGCUACUCUGGCAAAUUCUGUAAAGAGCCACUUUGUGGUUUGAAUGAAGGACCUUCUUUCUUUUCAUUUCUGGCUGGGCCAGGGUGAUGGAGAUGUCAUCUAUUGAACAGUAUUAUAAACAGCAAUGGCAAGGCAGCAUGUCCAUGCUCUGAUAAUGUCUGAAGCAUUUCUCUUAAGGAGGGAGAGCUGACUGUGCAGAGGCUCAUGGAGGCAGGGAUUUUGUUUUGUUAAGACCUGUACAAUAUCAGAUGAUUUGGGGCUUGAUUUGAGUAUCUUUUUUAUAAUAAUUUUUAUUAAUUUUAACAUAUAAAUUAUAAUACAUACCACAAAACUUCACCACUUAUACAAUCUUUUUUAGACUUCCAUCAGCACCUCUGAUGAUCCACCGUUUUAACUACUUCUUAUGCAUUUCUUAAAUUCAUAUUGCUUUUAAUUAUCUUAGCUAAUCAUCCUCCCCUUUAUCCAUUAUUGCAAUAGUUCCAAUAAUUCAUCUCACAAAACUUCUUGCAAACCUACAAACGUAGUCUGAUCAUCACAAUUACUUUUCAAAUAGUCUGUAAAUUUACACCAGUCUUCUGUGAAUUUCUGGUCCCGCAGAUUUCGAAUCCUUCCUGUUAGUUUAUCUAGUUCUGCAUAGUCCAUUAAUUUCAUCCUCCAUUCUUCUUUCGUCGGUAAUUCUUCUUGCUUCCAUUUUUGUGCCAAUAAUAUUCUUGCUGCCGUCAUUGCAUAUAAAAACAGCUUACAUUCUUUUCUAUUUAUAUCACUUCCUACAAUGCCCAGUAAAAAUGCUUCUGGUUUCUUUAUAAAUGUAUAUUUC